UUUAAACUGACCGUCAGCUGAUACGUCGAGAUACGUGAUCCGAUAGGUCAUUCAUGCCAAUUUUAGGCGUCUAAAUUGGAUGCAUUGUAAAAUUUCUAUCCGCGGUGAAAAAGCCUCCUCUUUAUACUGAUGAUGACUGUAAAAAUGAAGUCAUUAAAAGUGUACGCCUGCACGUGAGCUAUUGAAAAGAACAAAGGGAUGGAUUGUAGAAAUUCCUGCGAGCUCAAUGUUUUGAAUAACUUCAAAGGGUGCAACGUAUGCAGCGAGCUAAGUACUACAAAAUCACUUCUACAAACUUCAAAGUGUAAUUUAAUUAUUUCGACUGAUUGAUAUCUGUCGCAAACAUACGAGAUUUAUAUGGCUUGUAGCGUAAAGUACUUAUAGUCCUAGUAUGCGUCUGUUUGAAAAUGGCGCGGCGGAGUAUUUCCAAAGUCUCGGCGUGCUGAUCGAUUUUGGUAUAGAUAAUAUAUAUAUUUGUUUACGUUUUAGAUAAAUAGCACAUCAGUUGCAUUGCACCUCGUCAGUUAUGUACACGAGGUUUUGUAAACAACACCAAAAUACUGCUGAUCUAAAAAUCAUGUUCAACGUUCGAAAGAUAUUUAUUCUUUAGUUUUAAUUGAUACUUUAUUGAUUUACAGAAUAAAAGAUGAGCGACGUUAAUAUGACGGAACGAAAUCCGGCUGAAGCUCAACAGCAAUCGCAGAACCACAAUGAAAAACAAGUCAUGGAAAAUACCAGUUUAAUGAGCGCGCAAAUUGAAGAUUUCGUGAGUGAACCUAUGGAUGUAUUAGAAACUUCAGUUAGUAAAAUCGAAGAGGAGAUCGCUCUAGAUGCUGGAGAGGUUAACAAUCUAUUAUUAUCUUUUGAAAGCCAUAAUCUUGAAGAAAAUGGUAAUAACAAAAGUGUGGAAGUUGAAGAUGAAAUAACUGUUUUACAAGCAAAAGCAGACGCUAAUAUUGUUGUCCCAGAGGCAGAACAUAUCAACUCUGCUAACAACGAAAACAAACUCAACAAGAAAGUAGAUGAAACAAAUGAAAACAAUGAAAGUCAAGAAUAUUCACAGUUGUAUUAUGACUGGACAGCUUCUAAAUUAAUAUGCUCUGCAACAAAAGAGUUCAAGCCAACUGAAAAAUGUGAAAACUUUACUAAAGGUUGUCAAUGGGCACCCGAUGGAACUUGCAUUUUAGUACCUUGUGAAGAUUUCAGUACCAGAAUAUUUCAACUGUCUCGUGAACUCUAUUCUGGAAAACUUCCUGAAAAUUUUUAUUUGCCUUCAUUUGAAUCAACUCUGAAAAUAAAAGAAGGAGGCAUGAUAUAUGACACUUGUUGGUUUCCAUAUAUGAAUUCUUGGGACCCUUCAACAUGUUGUUUUUUAAGUACAAGUCAAGGCAGUCCAAUACAUCUGUGGGAUGCAUUUACGGGACAACUUCGAGCUACUUAUCGUGCAUACAAUCAAGUAGAUGAAGUUGAAGCUGGUAUAAGCGUUCAGUUUACAGAUUCUGGAGGACUUAUUUGGAGUGGCUUUAAAAAUGCUUUAAGAACAUUCGAUACAGAUCGCCCUGGUCGUCAAAUAAAGACCAUAUAUUUAAAAAAAGAUUUUCCAAAUGUCACAGGCUUAGUUUCAUGCAUUAGAGAAAAUCCUGGAAUGUCAGGUCUGAUUGCCUUUGGGACAUAUUCCAAAUGCAUAGGUUUAUAUAAAGAUGGACCACUUUGCUCUUUCAAAACAAGUAGUGGUGUCACACAAAUUGAAUUUAGUCCAUGCGGAACAAAGCUCUACUCCUCUGUUCGCAGAGGUAGUGAAUUUUUAUGCUGGGAUCUACGUAAUCCUGGAACAGUUUUGUAUUCCUUACAAAAUCGUCAGUCCGAUACAAAUCAACGCAUACAGUUUUCUCUGUCAUACUGUGGAGAAGAAAUAGUUUCAGGUGGAACUGAUGGCGCUGUUCGAGUAUGGAAAAUCCCUAGUAACCUUCAAGUCGAUGAAGACUUAGAUCCUCUUUACAAAGUUAAAAUAUCGAGAGACUGCGUUAAUGGUGCAAGUUUGCAUAAAAAUCUUCCUAUCCUGGUUGUAUCUACUGGUACCAGAAUUUGCGAAAAUGAAGAAAACAGACAUCGUGAUAACAGUGUUCGUUUUUAUUGGCUUGGUAGCAGGUGACAAAAAUACUUACCAUGAGAUUAACAAAACAUGCCAAUAUCAAAAUAGUUCGGUAUAUAUGUACAUAUAAAUCUUGAAGUAAUUGCAGCAUCAAUAUGUUAGGAUAACUUUGUUUGAUUGUCAAACAGUAAAAUCUCUUCAUCAAAAAGUAUGUAUAAGUUAUACCUCACUUUUAUAAUCAUAUAUUUUAAAAAUAUUUUUGAAUAAAGAUACCGUAUUGUGUGUUAAU